UAAUACGUUUAUGCCGAAAUCAAGUAAAGUUUUCCUUUACGGCCUUUUUUUUUUUCCAGAUAUUUAAAACUGCGAAAAUUGGAAGAGGGGUUUAUGUAUAAACCCCCGUCUUCUUCCUCCUCGGUCCUCGCUGCCUCUGGAAAUUAGAAUCUUAAGAUUUGUUUUGCUGUGAGUUUACCGGAGCAGCCCCGGGCCUGAAGAUGGCGGCAAAAGGACCUGGGUUAUUCUCUGACAUUGGCAAGAAAGCCAAAGAUUUACUAGUUAAGGAUUACAGCACGGAGCAGAAAGUUACAGUUACUUCUCACAGUGACACAGGACUUGAUCUCAACUCAACAGUGGUGAAGAAGGGUGGCCUUUUCUAUGGAAAUGUUGCUUCAAAUUAUAAGCACAAGAAUGCUAUGGUUGAUUUCCAUGUUUACACAGAAUCAGAGGUCUCCACAAGAUUUACCAUCGUGGAUAUCCUGCCAUCGACAAAAACCAUUGCCUCAAUUAAACUCCCUGAUUACAAAUCGGGCAAGUUGGAGCUACAACAUCUCCAUGAGCACACGUCUUUCACUGCCGCUAUUACUCUGAAUCAGUCUCCUGCUAUUGAUUUCUCUGCAACCAUUGGCACCCCAAGCAUUGCUUUUGGUGCAGAAGGUACUUACUUGACAGGUUCUCGGAAAUUCCUUAAAUAUAAUGCUGGUGUAAGCUUGACAAAAUCAGAUUCUUCUGCUUCAGUAAUUCUCGCUGACAAAGGAGACUCACUAAGGGUAUUGUAUUUGCGUCAUCUAAAUUGGCUGAAUGGGGGAGCUGCUGUUGGGGAGGUCACUAGAAAGUUUUCUACGAAUGAGAAUACGUUGACAGUUGGAUGCUCUUGCGUGGUUGAUUCUAACACAACGGUGAAGACAAAGCUUGACAACAAUGGUAAUCUUGGGGCUGUUUUACUGCAUAGGGUUACACCUAAGGCCUUCUUGACUGUUUCCGGUUCUUUUGACACCAAGGCCUUAGAGAAGGAACCCAAAUUUGGGUUGGCAUUCAACCUCAAGCCUUAGCAAUUUAAGUUUUGAAUACAUAAUCUGCACACAUAUGUAAGCAUAUAUUUUUUCAUUUUCCUUUUUCAAUUCACAUAUCUUCCCUCAUUUUGCAAGUUCGAUUCUGAAUGAGAAAGUUAGGUAAGUUUGUUUGUUUCCUAUUUGCAAUCUCUUUCUUCAGUGUUGUGCAAGUUAUUUUCCUGGAGAUUGUCUAUUGUUUUGGGUGGAGUGACUCUGUGUGAAACUAUGAUACACUACGCAGUUGUAGUAUGGAUAUUUCGGAAGAGGAUACUACAUAACCUGCUCCGAAAAUAAAGCUUUCUAAGAAGUUUGUCGUA